CAUUCUGCACCACACAUGGUCGCUCUCCACCCAUCCCUGCACGCCUCUCUCUUGUCGCAUCACCCUCUAUAUAAACCUCUCUCUCCCAUUCCCCUCAUACCACAGCAAGAAUUGAACCACCACUCCUAACGUCCUAGUGUCCUAGCCAGCCAGCACUCUGCCGCACACCAUUGUCUGGUAGCUAGCUAGUGUCUGCGAUGGAGAAGAAGCAAGCGAGCUACGGGAAGGGGCCGGCCAGGAUGGCACCGAUGGAAGUCUCGGUGGAGGCCGGGAACGGCCGGGAGUCAGACUGGCUCGACGACGACGGGCGGCCGCGGCGGUCGGGCACGGUGUGGACGGCGAGCGCGCACAUCAUCACGGCCGUCAUCGGGUCCGGGGUGCUCUCCCUGGCGUGGGCCAUCGCGCAGCUGGGCUGGGCGGCGGGCCCCGCCAUCAUGCUCCUCUUCGCCUUCGUCAUCUACUACACCUCCACGCUCCUCGCCCAGUGCUACCGCUCCGGCGACCCGGAGAACGGCAAGCGCAACUACACCUACAUGGACGCCGUCCGUGCCUCCCUCCCGGGCACCAAGGUCAAGCUCUGCGGCGUCAUCCAGUACGCCAACCUCGUCGGCGUCGCCAUCGGAUACACCAUCGCCGCCUCCAUCAGCAUGCGCGCCAUCCGGAGGGCCGACUGCUUCCACUACCGCCACGCCAAGGGGCAGGACGGCGCGUGCCGGAGCUCCAGCAACCCGUACAUGAUCGUGUUCGGCGUCGUGCAGAUCCUCUUCUCGCAGAUACCGGACUUCGACCAGAUAUGGUGGCUCUCCAUCGUCGCCGCCGUCAUGUCCUUCACCUACUCCACCAUCGGCCUCGCCCUCGGCAUCGCCCAGACCGUCGCCAACGGUGGCAUCAAGGGCAGCCUCACCGGCCUCAGCGUCGGCCCAGACGUCACCUCCAUGCAGAAGGUGUGGCGCAGCCUCCAGGCCUUCGGCAACAUCGCCUUCGCAUACUCCUACUCCAUCAUCCUCAUCGAAAUCCAGGACACGGUGAAGGCGCCGCCGCCGUCUGAGGCGAAGGUGAUGAAGAAGGCGACGGGGAUAAGCGUGGUGACCACGACGGUGUUCUACAUGCUCUGCGGGUGCAUGGGGUACGCGGCGUUCGGCGACGAGGCUCCCGACAACCUCCUGACGGGGUUCGGCUUCUACGAGCCCUUCUGGCUGCUGGACGUCGCCAACGCCGCCAUCGUCGUGCACCUCGUCGGCGCCUACCAGGUCUUUUGCCAGCCCCUCUUCGCCUUCGUCGAGAAGUGGGCGGCGGCGAGGUGGCCCGACAGCGCCUUCAUCGCAAAGGAGCUCCGCGUGGGGCCCUUCUCGCUCAGCCUGUUCCGGCUCACGUGGCGCACGGCCUUCGUCUGCCUCACCACCGUCGUCUCCAUGCUGCUCCCCUUCUUCGGCGACGUCGUGGGGCUCCUCGGCGCCCUCGCCUUUUGGCCGCUCACCGUCUACUUCCCCGUCGAGAUGUACAUCGUGCAGCGCCGCGUGCCACGAGGCAGCACGAGGUGGGUUUGCCUUCAGAUGCUCAGCGCCGCGUGCCUCGUCGUGUCUGUAGCCGCCGCCGCCGGCUCCAUCGCCGACGUCAUCGGCGAGCUCAAGGAGUACCGGCCGUUCAGCGGCUAAGCUAAGCAUGUCUGUGUAGAAUGACGAGUAGCACCGCAGCACAUGGGAGAACAUGUGUACGUACGGCAUGUCUUGUGGCCUGCUGCAUGGAGAAAAAAAAACAAAUUUACCAAGCUUAUGUAGUUAUGUGACAUUUUGAUAUGUACUAGCACUUUGUAGAUACCGCAUUUUCCUCGGAAAGGGACAUCUUCCCUACAUCCCACCUUAGAAAUGUAUUUCCACCGUGCACGCUAUCUAGUGUGCAUGGUACAAUAUGUUUCGUUGCAUUCAAUCUGAUCUUGACUUUUGAAA